AUGACGCCUAUGUACACCAGUGUGUACUGCUAUAGGCAGGCUGAAGAUGAUGAUGAAUUAAUUCCAGCUCUAGAGUACGAGCACAUCUAUGGUCCACUAUACGGCAAGGAGUGGGUGUUGAUGGCAGGAGACGACGGCAACCCUUACUACGUCAACCUGACUAGUGACGACGCGGCCGAUGACGGACACAGGGGAAUGUUCACACCGGAAAUAUACUUUAACCUGUAUACACGACAGAACGCUGAUGAAGCAGAAUUGCUCGUACCGUGCAAUGGUAAUGUAGAAAGCGAACACUUCGACAAAGAAAAUGAUGUAAAAGUGAUAACCCAUGGAUGGAUGUCUGGCGGCAGUACUGAAUGGCUAAAACAAAUGAAGGACGCAUAUUUACGUACCACUUCAUCGAAUGUCAUUGUAGUAGACUGGGGCGAAAUUGCCAAAAAUGUGAUAUAUCCAGUACCAGCUAAGAAAACGAAUAAAGUGGGUCUAGACCCCGCGCGCCCGCUAUUUGAGCUCCCGGAGAUGGGUGCCAGUCGCCGCCUGGACCCCAGCGACGCAGAGUUUGUGGACAUCAUCCACACGUGCGCAGGAGUGUACGGGUAUUUAAUGAGCCACGGUCAUGCCGACUUCUACCCUAAUGAUGGGAGGCCCAGUCAACCGGGCUGCGAAGGCAUACAGUAUAUUAUCGAGGCGUGCAGUCAUGGUCGAUCAGUUCAAUAUUAUAUCGAGUCGAUAGGAAGCUCAAACAGUUUCGUCUCCACACAAUGCUCUAGCUAUGACGACUAUAUCGACGGGAGCUGUCAAGAUAAUGCCAAGAACCACAUGGGAGCGUACGCGGAUAGUACUAUGGCGGGGGACUUUUAUCUGCAAACGAACUCAGAGCCGAGAUACUCUAAGGACGGUGACAAUUAA